AUGGGUCCAAGGGGACCUAGGGGUCCUCCCGGAGAACCGGGUGCACCUGGAUCACAAGGACCUCCAGGAUUUUGGGGUUCUAGAGGUGACCGUGGCCCUCUCGGAUUACGCGGUCCAGAGGGUACAAAGGGUGAACAGGGUCCACCAGGUCUUCAAGGCUUAGCUGGAACCAUUGGAUUAACAGGUAAUGACGGCGUGAGAGGCAUGAAGGGUGCCAGAGGUGAAACAGGUUGUGAAGGCCCAAGGGGUAUCCCUGGCCCUGAUGGACCACCUGGAAGAAACGGGACAGAUGGACUGCCGGGAGAACCCGGUGCGCCUGGAGAAAAGGGACCAACUUGUUCAAUGGACGGAGGUCCACCGGGUGAAGAUGUAGGCCUUCAGAUGCUUAAUUUUGGUCCCCCCUAUUUGGACCCCCUGAGUCACGAGGAUAAUGCAUGGCCUCAAUCUCUGCUUGGUGAGAGAGGGGACACUGGGGAGCAGGGUGAACGAGGAGAAAAAGGUGAAGAGGGAGAAGAGGGUUUACCUGGCCCCCGGGGUCCAGAAGGCGAAAAGGGUAUGAAAGGUCUACCAGGUGUACAGGGGCCACCCGGUCCAGAUGGGACCUACAUUUUCAAUCUCCUUCGUGGAGACAAGGGUGAAAGAGGUCCUCGAGGCAUAGACGGCAUUCCCUGUGGCCCUGAAGUCAAAUUCGAGGACAUCAUUGGUAUCGGUGAACGCGGACCCCCUGGUGAACGAGGAGAACCAGGCCAGCGCGGUGAAACUGGGGCUAAGGGGGAAGUCGGACUAACAGGUUUUCCGGGUGAUCCCGGUGAACCAGGAGAACAAGGACAAAGGGGUGACCCUGGAGAAGUGGGUGAACCUGGUGAACCGGGAGAGGAGGGUGCACAUGGAGAAUCGGGAGAUCCAGGAAUGGAUGGUCCUCAGGGCAUUCCAGGGCCAAAAGGUGCUCCCGGUGAACGUGGAAUCCCUGGCAGAGACGGCACUCAAGGAGUAACUGGACCACCAGGCGAAGCCAAACUCUGGGAAUGUGAGAUCACAUCUACACCAAAAGGCGAGAAGGGUCAACCCGGUUUUGAGGGUUCAAAGGGUAUUCGUGGUAUCACUGGAACACGAGGUCUCAAAGGUUCCAAGGGUCAACCUGGAGACCAAGGUAUCAAGGGCCCUGAUGGAGAAAUGGGUGAAGCCUGUGUUCCUGGCCCUCAAGGCGAAAAGGGUGAACGUGGUGAUCCUGGAAAGGAUGGUGUGGAUGGUCCACCGGGUCAAGAGGGUGAACCCGGCAUUCCUGGAACACCUGGAAUUAAUGGAAUCGAUGGCUUUGGACAACCGGGUUUCCCUGGCGAAAUGGGAAUUCAAGGUCAAGAAGGACCUCCAGGCGACAUUGGCGAACCUGGUGAUGUUGGUGACAAAGGUCCUCCUGGAAGAGUUGGCCCUGAUGGGCCCCGUGGUGAACCUGGUGAACGCGGCAACGAAGGAAAACAAGGGCAGGACGGUGAUGUAGGUGAAGUUGGAGAGAAAGGCGAACCAUUUAACCCAAUCAACUGUCCACGUUGUGAAGAUGGUCCACCAGGUCCUGAAGGUGAAAUGGGAGAACCGGGAGAGGAUGGACUUCCAGGGGAAGAUGGACGACCUGGAAUAGAUGGGCUCAGAGGUCCCAAUGGCCCAAUUGGUCCUGUUGGUCUUCAUGGCCCUGAUGGCGAUAAGGGACCUAGAGGAGAGCCGGGUUAUCCAGGUGAAGCUGGUGAACCUGGAGAUCCAUACAUUGUGGAAGGAUUUCCAGAGAAGGUUGAACCAGGCGAUCCUGGUGAUGAGGGGUCAGUAGGACCUCCAGGUGAAGCUGGUGACCGUGGGCCUCAAGGGGAGGAAGGCGAUGAAGGUCCUGCUGGCCUACCUGGUCGAAAGGGUGAAAGAGGAAGGCAGGGUUCCAUAGGAGAUAACGGCCCUCCUGGAGAGAAGGGAGAACGGGGAGAACCGGGGGAGGACCUAGAACAUGUUGUUGGAGCGCCCGGAGAGCCUGGAGACGAUGGACCGCGAGGACCACCAGGCAUUAAGGGUGUCGACGGAAGUCUGGGCACCUGUGUUUCUGCUGUUGACAGUAAACUUGCUCAGAAUACUCUUGAUUUGCUCGGCGCAAAAGGCGAAAAGGGAGACCAAGGUGAGGCAGGCCCUGAAGGUCCCCGAGGACCCCCAGGAGAGAAAGGCGGCUUUGGCCGCAAUGGUGAACUCGGUGAGCGUGGUGACAGGGGUCCUGUUGGUCCUGCCGGACCUGUUGGUGACAGAGGACCGAGAGGACCACAGGGAUCCCCCGGUCCUACAGGCAAGGUAGGACCUCGUGGAGAAGAACCAGAGGGUGAACCAGGAGAUGCUGGUGAAACCGGGAUUCGGGGUCCUAAGGGCGAACCUGGAGAUCGUGGCGAUCCUGGAUCUCGAGGAGGUCCUGGUGAGCCUGGUAUGCCCGGAGAAGCUGGUGACACUGGUCCAGAUGGACUAAUGGGUGAAAAGGGACAAGCUGGACCAAGAGGUGAUCCUGGCCCCUCUGGCCCAGAAGGACAAGAGGGAGAACGGGGUCCUCCAGGUGAGAAGGGAUUGCCUGGAGAACCCAGCACUCCUGGUGAGGCUGGUGAACCGGGUGAGAUGGGUCCACAGGGAGAACAGGGACCUCAAGGCUACAAGGGUCCCACAGGAGACCAAGGCUUCUGUGAUAUCGCGGGAAUGCCUGAUUACGGCGGACCACAACCAGAACCCGGUGACGUUGGUGAUUAUGGCGAUGUAGGCCUACCAGGCGAACAGGGUUUGCCAGGUGAAAUUGGUCCAGAUAGUAUGGAAGAGGGUGAACAGGGUAUUCAAGGUCCUCCUGGAGAAAAAGGUGAACCAGGAAAAGUAGGUGAGGAGGGUCCAGAGGGUCCGGAAGGUCCUCCUGGUGAACAGGGUCCCAGGGGUCCUCAGGGUCCUGCUGGUCCACGAGGCGAUCCAGGGGAAGCAGGACAACCCGGGAUUGAGAAAGGUGGGUUGGAAUUGCAUUGCUAUUACCAACUUUUAAAGGCGGAACUGAAAAGUAUUAAAAAUUGGUUAGGCGAUCCUGGAGAACCUGGACCUUACGGUCCAAAAGGUCUGAGGGGUCCUCCAGGCAAAGCCGCAGCCUGCCCAAAAGGACCUCCAGGAGAAGAUGGGGAACCUGGUCUCAAGGGUGAAAUGGGUGAUCAGGGACCUGAAGGUGAACCAGGUAAAAUCGGGGAGCCCGGUAAGGAUGCAGUUGGUCCGGAUGGACCACCUGGAGAACAGGGCGAACAGGGUGAAUCUGGAGAUCCAGGUCCUGAUGGUGAAGAACCCGUAGACGGUGAAGUUGGAGAUGACGGUGAAAUGGGUCCUAUUGGGGAACAGGGUGAUAGAGGUCAGACGGGUGAAAUGGGUGAAGAUGGCCCAGUAGGAAUGCAGGGCUCCAAAGGACCAAUUGGAGAAGAAGGUGAUGAUGGACCAAUGGGAGAACAAGGAGACCAAGGUGAUGAGGGUCAGCCCGGUGGGGAUUAUGUCAAUGUCAAAGGCCAACCUGGACCUCAGGGACCACCUGGCAAGAAAGGCGAGAUGGGUCCUGAGGGUGAACAAGGUGACCAAGGUGAUCGCGGUAGGAUGGGUCAAUCCGGGGCGCCGGGAGAGUCUGGACCAUCUGGAGAGCCUGGCGAUAACGGAGAAGACGGAGACGAAGGUGAACCUGGUGACUCUGGUCAUCCAGGUGUGAAUGGAAGGCGAGGUCCGGAAGGUGAUGUUGGUGAACGUGGUGAAGUUGGUAUAAGUGGACCCAAAGGUGAACGCGGUCAAAAAGGUCAAAAAGGACGUGCAGCUAUCACAUGUCCUGGUGCUCUCGAUGGUGAAAUUGGUACUAUUGGUCCACCAGGACCUAGAGGACCCAAAGGCGAGAGUGGUGAUCCAGGUGCUGACGGCGCUCCAGGCCCCAAGGGCGAGCAGGGUAAGCCAGGUCUGGGUACACCUGGGGAACGCGGCGAAAUGGGCCUGAUAGGACCGCACGGCAAACCUGGGCUCAUGGGAGAUCCCGGGGAUAGCGGUGAGCCAGCGGAGCCCCCAGAAGUCGGAGAUCCAGGAGACGAGGGCCAAUUGGGUGAACAGGGUGAUAAAGGCGAACCUGGACUUCCUGGAAGGGAUGGUGAACCUGGUCUCAAAGGGGAAGACGGCUUGCCAGGUGUGGAUGGUAAUCCAGGCCUUCCAGGUGAAGAUGGCGCACCAGGGCCUAGUGGCGAAGAAGGUGACUUUGGCGACAGUGGAGAGCGCGGUGAAGACGGUCCAGCAGGCCCAAGUGGACCUCAGGGUUUGCCAGGCCAACAGGGACCUAAGGGAGCUGCCGGCUACGCCGCUAACGGUGAAACUGGUGAUGAUGGCGAGGUCGGUGAACCAGGUGAUAUAGGAGAUGCAGGAGAAGUGGGACCUGCGGGUUCAGAAGGUCCGAUUGGAGACAGUGGUGAGAAGGGACAGGCUGGAGUGGAAGAGGGACCUCGUGGACCUCCUGGAGAUCAGGGCGAGACGGGUGAAGCCGGAGAGGAGGGUGAGAAGGGUGAGACUGGUCCUCCUGGCGAACAGGGACCUCCUGGGCCUGUUGGACUUCCAGGACCUACCAACUACUCCAACGUACUCUUUGCUAGACAUUUUCAAUCGGAUGAGGGACCAUUUGAGUGUCCAGCAGGAACGCGUUUCCUUUACGAUGGAUACAGCUAUCUCAUGGGUGGUGGUGUGGACUAUCUUCAUAGCAUGGAUCUUGGAACUGCAAGUUCGUGUAUGCGACGGUUCAACACCCACCCCAUGACUGUCUGUGAGAGUGGUAGCGUCUGCCACAUUAACAUGCGGCACGAACGGUCCUACUGGUUGGCUACUCUGAAACCGCGAUCUGAGGAACCACUUCCAAUUGAAGAAUUGGCUGGGCGUAUUUCCCGAUGUGUGGUUUGUGAGGCUCCAACUCAUGUCUUUGCCUUCCAUAGCCAAGUCAGAAGUCUUACACCAUGCCCGAGCACAUGGACUGAACUGUGGACGGGUGUUAGUCUUCUGCUUCACACAUCUGGCUCAUUUGGAGGCGGUCAGCCGUUGUCCUCUCCUGGAAGUUGUCUAGAGCACUUCCGGUAUUCUCCAGUUAUCGAGUGCAAUAACAAUGCUGGAACUUGUCAUUACUGGAGCGAUGCAAAAGUGUAUUACCUCCGAUCCAUCCCAGAAGGCACAGAGGAGCAGUUCUCAAAGCCACUCGGUUUAACCUUGAAAGCUGGAGAUGGACCCACGGUUGAUAGUGUCAGCAAGUGCCGAAAGACUGAUUGGUCUCGGCGUCUUAGCGACAAUAUGCAUGGUCUUGAGCACUCUAAUACCUACUACCACAGCGGUGUUCUUAGGGUCCUCCCGGACCUCGAGGUUUGCCGGGUGUUACCGGUCCCAAAGGUUAUCCCGGGGAAUUGGGUCCCAUUGGUCCCAAAGGCCAGCGAGGACCACCUGGAGCUGACGGAAUUCCUGGGGAACCGGGUGAACGGGCAAGGUCCACCUGGUGAUUUUGGUCCCCCUGGUCGACAUGGACAACACGGAGACAAUGGUGAAAUUGGUGAUCCUGGAGAAGUGGGUAUUCCAGGCUGUGAUGGUCCUCCAGGCGAUCCUGGUCCACCUGGCCCUCCUGGACGUCCUGGUGUUGAUGGUCCGCCUGGAUUUCCUGGGGAUCCUGGCGAUAGAGGUGAACCUGGCGACUUUGGGACUGGACCUCAGGGUCCCCCUGGUGAAAAAGGCGAUCGUGGUGAAACUGGCAUUCAAGGCGAAAAAGGUCGACCUGGUCCACCCGGAUCUAUCGGACCAAUGGGGCCUUCUGGUGACCGAGGUCCCGAUGGGAUAAUUGGACUUCCCGGCCCACCUGGUGAUCCCGGAGAUCCAUUAGUCGACAACGUACCAAUCAAGGGUGAGCCUGGCCCUCCUGGUGACCCUGGUGAUCCCGGUACCGACUGUGAGACGUCCACUCUUCUUCCCCCACCAAUUGAUACUCAAGGACCUGGUGGUGAUCGAGGAGAUAUGGGUCCGAAAGGCUUCCCUGGGGCCAAGGGUGAUCCCGGAGAGAGAGGUGAUGCUGGUCCAGCCGGAGAACGCGGUCCAAAAGGCCAACCUGGUGUGGCUGGACCUCCUGGUCCCAAGGGUGAAAAAGGUCGACAAGGAGCUACUGGUGCCAAGGGUUCUCGUGGUCGCGAUGGUUUGAUCGGUCCAAGAGGUCCUCCAGGUCCCAAAGGUCUCCCUGGUGAACCUGGAGAAGAUGGCCUUCGCGGUCCACCUGGUGAACAGGGCCCUCCAGGCGGUGAUAGUAUUUGUACGGGUAUUCUGCCUGGCCGACCGGGAGAACGUGGUCCACCUGGAGAACAGGGUCCUCGAGGUCCCCCCGGACGUGAGGGUUUCCGUGGUGAACCAGGUCCUAAGGGAUUCCAAGGUCCCGCAGGUCUAAUUGGUGAUACUGGUCCUGAUUGUCCAGUCGGACCCACUGGAAUUCGCGGGCCCAAGGGUGACCCUGGGCCGCCUGGAAGGAGUGGUCCCAAGGGUUAUCAAGGUCCCGCUGGCGAGGAGGGUCUUCAAGGAGAUCCAGGUGAACCUGGACGAGGUAUCCGUGGCCCUCCUGGUGAUCCUGGAGAACAAGGUCCUGAUGGUCUAAAGGGUGUCCGUGGUCCUAAAGGUGUUAAAGGUCCACGUGGUCCCCCUGGAAACAUAGGAACAGGGCGUCCUGGCCUACCCGGUGACAAGGGUGAGAAAGGUCUUGCAGGUCUUGAUGGAAAACCGGGCAAACCAGGUCCUAAGGGUGAACAAGGUCCUCCUGGCGAACCCUGCAAUGUCUGCAAGCCUGGACAACCGGGUCCGCGUGGAGAAAAGGGGGAACCUGGAUAUGCUGGGGCCCCGGGUCAGCGUGGUCGUGAUGGGCCACCCGGAGAACGUGGUGAACCUGGAUCUGUCGGCAACCAAGGUCCACAAGGACCUCGUGGCCUCGAGGUACGUCUAGGUGAUCCUGGAGAGCGUGGUUUGAUGGGACCAAAGGGAAUAAAGGGUGUUCCUGGGGUCUCUCGGGUUGAUUAUAUCGACACCAUCAAAGGCGAGAAGGGAUACCCAGGUCUUCCAGGUUCUGAAGGCGAAAAGGGUUUCCGAGGAUCUGCUGGUGAUCGCGGACAACCCGGUGAACCAGGACCAAUGGGAGAGCCUGGUGAACAAGGUGAAGCUGGACCUACUGGAAGUCCAGGUCCAAAGGGUCGUCGUGGUGAAAGAGGUCCGAAGGGCCGUCCCGCCGGUAUGGUUGUGGGCAUCAAAGGCGAAAAGGGCUUGCCUGGAAUGCCGGGACGUCCCGGACCUCCUGGCGAUACUGGCGAUCCAGGGAAUUGCACUGUUCUUGUUCAGAGAGGCGAAAACAUGACCACUGAGCGAGGUGAGAUGGGACCAAAAGGCGAUCGUGGUGAUCGAGGCGUUCCCGGAGAGCCUGGUAAACAGGGUAUUCAGGGCCUUUCUGGUGAGGAUGGAAGACGCGGAAGCAAAGGUCAGCCUGGUUGGCCUGGACCUGCAGGUCCAAAAGGACUCAUGGGACCACCCGGUGAUGUUGGCGAACCCGGCGAGCCUGGAUUAGAAGGACGACGUGGCUUGCCUGGACCACCUGGACCAAAAGGGAAAGUUGGUCCACCAGGUGAUGUAGGUCCGAGAGGUCCAAAGGGCUUUAAAGGUCUGCCGGGUCGACCAGGAAUUGGAAUUAAGGGUGCUGAAGGACCUCGUGGCUUCGAUGGACCUAAGGGUGAACCCGGAGAACCAGGAGCUACAGGGCUACCUGGUGAUGUCGGUGAACCAGGAUCUAACACGAUCAAAUUAAUAGAUAGUCUAUGGAAUAUGUUGGCUUUUCUCGUUCCCAAAGGUGAACCUGGUGAACCCGGUCUGCCGGGCAUUCCUGGACUUGCGGGGCCCAAGGGGGAUCGAGGCGAACCCGGCCCCAGUGGUGGCCUAGGUAUUCCUGGUGCUCGUGGUGAUCCUGGCGAGCCUGGGUCCAUUGGUCCCAUUGGUGAAACUGGUGAAGCUGGUGAGCCUGGAACUUGCGUUGGCAUUCCUCAAAAGGGCGAAAAAGGCGAUAAGGGUGAUCAAGGUCCCCUUGGACCUAUGGGACGUCCCGGACCCAUUGGCGAACCUGGAGAACGACCCAAAGGGGUAAUGGGACCACGUGGACCAAUAGGCAUACCUGGAUCCGAGGGACCCGUUGGUGAACCGGGAGAUCAAGGACCUCCAGGUCCAGAAGGACCCAAGGGUAGACCUGGACCGCGUGGACCUCUAGGACCCAUGGGACCACAGGGAGAACGAGGUGCUCCUGGAGAACCUGGUCCAGAAGGUGAUCCAGGUCCUGACAUGAUUGGAGUUCCUGGAGAAGCUGGAGAUCCUGGUGAACGAGGACCAUCUGGACCUAAGGGGAGCGUUGGUCGUCCGGGUCGACGCGGUCCCAAGGGUGAGCCUGGACCAGAUGGGGUUGGUAUUCCUGGCGUAAAAGGAGAGCGAGGAGAGCCAGGAGACAAAGGUCUUCCUGGCCCUUCUGGACAAUCUGGUGGAAUUGGUGAGAAGGGUGAACGUGGCCCUCCUGGCGAACAGGGUGACAGGGGUGAAGAUGGUGAACAGGGACCACGGGGCUCUCCGGGACCGCAAGGUCCUGUCGGUUUCGAUGGUCGUAGAGGUCCAAAGGGAAGACCAGGUCCUCCUGGACCAAAGGGUGAAAAAGGAAUUCGUGGUGAUCCUGGCGAUCUCGGUGCCAUUGUUCAAGGGCGUCCUGGUGAGAUCGGUGAUGAGGGAGAUCGUGGACCUCCUGGCCCACAAGGAAAGAAGGGCGAACGUGGACCUCCGGGUGAAGAGGGACCUGCAGGACCACCAGGAGAAGCCGGACCUCAAGGUGAACGUGGUGAUCCUGGACCCAAGGGUGAACGCGGCGAGAUGGGUCCUGAUGGACCUCCCGGUUAUCCCGGACCUCCAGGUGAGAAGGGUCUUCCAGGUGAUCGUGGGCCCGAAGGAGAACAGGGCUACAUAGGCCCUACCGGUGAUCCCGGAUUUGAAGGCCCUCCUGGACGCUGUAUUCCUGGCCCCUCUAGCCAAAAGGGUGAACCUGGACCUAUUGGACCUAUGGGACCUACUGGAGAAAAGGGCCUUCCUGGUCUACCCGGAAAGGUUGGAAAACAGGGUCCUCCAGGCGUUCCCGGACGUGGGAUUCCCGGUCCACCCGGAGAUCGUGGUGAUACUGGUAUUCCUGGUCCUGAUGGCCUGAAAGGCGAAAAGGGCGAUAAAGGCGAACCUGGUGAAUCUGGUCCACGUGGUUUGAAGGGACGACGAGGUCCAGUGGGUCCAAAAGGCGAUCGUGGAGAUCCGGGUCCUACUGGUUUGGACGGACGGCCAGGUGAGCCGGGAGAUCCUGGACCGGAUGGUGCUCGAGGUGCUGACGGCGAACCUGGACGUCGUGGAAUCGAUGGACGUCCAGGGAAGAAGGGUGCCAAAGGCCUACCUGGUCUUCGUGGCGAUCCAGGAGACAUGGGUCCUGCUGGUGAUGAAGGACCUAUGGGUCCCAUGGGACCACCUGGGGAGGAUGUAGAUGGCAUAACUGGUCUCAAGGGUGAUAAAGGUGAGCCCGGAAGACAGGGGCCCAGAGGACCGGUUGGAGAACAAGGUCUGCCUGGGCUUGAUGGACCUAAGGGAGAACGAGGCAUAACUGGCGAACCAGGUGUCCAGCCUGGACCAAUUGGAGAAAAGGGCAAUAUGGGACCCAAAGGUUCCCGCGGUGAGACUGGGUAUCAAGGUCCAGUUGGUGAUCGCGGUCCCACUGGACCACCAGGUCCUCCUGGGCCCACUGGACAAGUGCUGGCAAGUACCUAUCUCUUUACCCGCCACUUCCAAGAUCCUAGCGCUCCUAUCGAGUGUCCGGCUGGCUCUCAACGCAUCUCUGAAGGUUUCAGUUUUGUCAUGGCUAACGGGAACGGUGAACUUACCACCAUGGAUCUUGGCUCUCAUAGCUCUUGUCUGCCAAUGUUCAGCAUCAUGCCGUUCUUCCAGUGUCUUCGUGAUGGAAGUUGUCAAUUGGGAGUGCGAGCUGACAGGUCCUACUGGCUAGCAACAACUGAGCCAUUACCAAUGAUGCCAUUGGAUGUGAGUGCUGUACGUCAGAGGGUGGCUCGUUGUGUUAUCUGCGAAGCUCCGACACAGGCCUACGCUUUCCACAGUCAGACUAGCAACCUGGAUGAUGUGCAUUGCCCAGAGAACUGGAUCGAACUCUGGAAUGGAUUCAGUUUCUUCAUGCAUACAGCUGGUCACGGAGGCGGUGGUCAGCAGCUUUCCUCGCCUGGAAGUUGUCUGGAGCACUUCCGUUAUGCUCCGCUGUUGGAGUGCAACAAUGGAAUGAGUUUGUGCAAUUACUGGAGCGACGCGAAGGCCUACUAUCUGCGCCAUGUCCAGAACACCACAUCCUUCCAGAAGCCUCAGGGCCAAUAUUUGCGCGAGAUCACAUAUGGGGACCGAGGCGUUCUACGUGAAAUCAGUCGAUGUCGGGUGUGCAUGCGGCAGCGCUACGAGUACUUCCGACGACGAUAA